UGAGGAUGGCUAAAGCUGUUGGCAGUGCUGGGAUUCUGGUGAAGGAGUCUGCUCUGUUGCUGCACCCUGAACUGCUCUCUCGGGAUUUCUUACUGCUGUCCCUGGAGCGGAGAAACAUUCCAGUAGAAGAUGCAUUAAACAACAAAGAGAAGCUAACGGAAAUCUUUGUACAGCAUGCUAUGCCUCUCCCACAGAGGGAUUUACCCAGGAAUCGAUGGGGUAGAAUGAUGGAAAGCAAGAGAGGAGAGAAUAAAAUCGCCACUGUACUGAAAAGUGCUGGCACUGAAGGUGGGAGAAAACGACCCCCUAUUGUAUUUGAUGGAUGUUCAACCAGCACAACCAUAAAGGUGAAGAGAACAGAAAAUGGAGAUGCAUCUCAACGACUUAAUCCCUCCCCCAAGGAGAGUACGAAUAGCACACAAAACAGCAACCCUGCUCCCCGACUUGGCUCCCCCACCCCUAACAAAGAGGCCAAGGUAGCGACAACUGGCAAUCAUGGACAGCUUGAUAGUUUACCAGUGACUGAUAGUGCACUAGUUUCACCGAAAAGUGCCAAAUUACAACAGUCAAUGAUCAUAAAUGCUGUAAAGCUGAAAAGGAAUGCACCGAAAGAAGAAUUUGAUGUGGCGAAUGAUACAAAGCCAACCGAAGCAAAAAAGAAGAUCCAACAUGUUACCUGGCCUUAAAGCUUACAGGAUCUAGAAUGUCCUCUUCCUGGUUAAUAUGUUGCAUAUCAAUAUGGAAAUUAAUUUGCCCUUUACAGGUUAUGCAAGGACUGGGGCCACAGCUGUUUGCCAAUAGAGUACCUUUCUUAUUACUAAGGCCUUCUGUUAAAUGUUUCGACAACAGCGUAUUUCACCUAAAGUGUUUGUUGUGGGGUGUGUGUGUAGCUGAGGGGGUGAGGUUUUUACAAGUCCCCCCCAUUAAUUCAAAUUUACUAUUUAUUCAUUCACUAAUAUGACUGUGCAGUGGAUCCUGGGAGGAAAGAAACACUGUGCUAGGAAACAGAACUGGAGCAGAGUACCUUCUCUGUUUUUAGCAGAUGAUUGAUUAUCUUUUAAUUUGUCUAAAAAAAUAUAUGGUUUGUUAAUAAGACUUAUAGCUUUCUUACUGUCUCUGAGAAUUUUCAGCUCAAUAUUGUUUACAUCGGGUGAAUUAAAAAAAAAAUAGCAAAACUUAAAAUAAAAAGAUAUCAGUGUUGUACAAAUAAACUUCCAAAAUGUUUUAUCUCCUUAAAAAAUCAUCAGAUCUGUUUUCUCUAAACUAUAUUUUCCCAAUAAGUUGUAUGAUAAGACAUGCCUCGACAGUAGGGUUUAUAUUUUAAGGUCACGACUUUUAUUGCUUCAAAGUGAGUUGACCUAGCUUUCCUUUGUGACUGAUGAUUUUGUUUGCUGCAGCAACCUUUUAAUUAUUGUCAAUGUUCCAAUCCUAUGUGCAACUAUAACACUUCCUUAAUGGGAUUCUGUCAUGAUUUUUAUUUUUGGUGGUUUUAUUUCUUAAAUUACACUGUUUAAACUGCAAACAAUUCACUCUUCCAUAUAAAUGUUU